AUGGCGCCGGAAGUAAUGGAGGCGAUGUGCACGCCAAUGCACCUGGUCCUCCCAGUCCAUUACCCCACCCCAACAUCUCCCACUAUUCCUUCCGUCAAGCCAGCGGCAUCCACCGUCGCGCCCGGCUCACUCUUCCUUGGUUCCAUCUCUGCCACGAUGGACCGUGAACUACUCGCGACCAACCAUAUCACACACGUCGUCCAGGUUCUCGAUGUUCCCUGGCUGCCCAUCUCCGAAAAAGACGGCUUCCGGUGUCUCAAGAUCGACAUCGUCGACAAACCGUCAGCAGACUUGCGUCCUCACCUUGAGGGUGCAUGUGCAUACAUUGCCAACGCCCUCCACGCAGGUGGAAACGUGCUCGUGCAUUGCCAGCAGGGUAUCUCACGCUCACCAGCAAUCGUCAUUGCUUACCUCAUCCACAACCUCGGAAUGUCAUACGAUCAGGCACAUGCUCUAGUUAAACGACGACGACCAUGUAUCAAUCCAAAUCCCGGAUUCGUCGCCGCCCUCCGAGCUUGGGAGAGUAGGUGGCGGUCUAAUGCUCCAUCACCGCCACCCCAAUUCCGGCGCGCAACUACAUCAUACGCCGGAAUGUCCACAGUUGAGCCUGUCAGUACUCUUGCCCCAAUGACGAUGAGGGGAAUCAGCUACGGCGGAAAUGGUGGAUCAAGACCAUAUUGA